AUGGGAGAUCAAAAGUCAAGGUAUGUGAAGUUGACCAAAGAUAAAGAACAAGCACCAUUUCGAGAUAUUACUCCUGGAGAGCUUAACCAACCCAUUGAUGUUCCACAAACUACGUUAGAGUUAGCAAAAAUAUCAGACUUUGGUUUAGCUAGAAUAGUUAAAGGUGGAGAAGAUAACGAAGCUAACACAAACAGGGUUGUUGGAACAUAUGGUUAUAUGCCGCCUGAAUAUGCAAUGGAGGGACUUUUCUCUGAGAAAUCAGAUGUCUAUAGCUUUGGGGUUUUAUUGCUAGAGAUUGUUAGCGGAAGGAGAAAUAGUAGCUUUUAUAACAACGAGGAUUCUCUUAGUCUUGUAGGCUUUGCAUGGAAGUUAUGGUUAGAGGACAACAUUAUAUCUCUAAUAGAUCCGGAAGUAUGGGAUGCAUGCGUUGAGAGAAACAUGUUGAGGUGCAUACACAUAGGACUUUUAUGUGUGCAAGAACUUCCAAGAGAAAGACCAAAUAUAUCAACUGUAGUUUUAAUGCUCAUAAGUGAGAUUACACAUCUUCCUCCUCCAGGAAAAGUUGCAUUUGUUCAUAGACAAAAUUCUAAAAGUACAGAAUCUUCACAAAAAAGUCAUCAAUCUAACUCAAUCAACAAUGUAACUCUGAGUGAAGUUCAAGGCAGAUAAACUAUGACAUGUGAAGUUAGUGUAAUGAAGAGCAAGCUACUAUGGUGAUUUGUGUUAAUGGCUAUACUGU